GCGAGGCCCCCUCCGGAUGGUGAGCGGGAUGGAUUGGACUUCGGCGGGGAACGCGGGUGUCUCGAAGUGGUGCUAAUGGGAAGAGAUUUCUGCUCCCCAAAGAAGAUGCGCUGCCACAAAGAGCGGCUUGCGCGCCGGCCUGGGCUCUAGCCCGGGAGACAUCCCGGGAGAACUCCGAGCUCGGAGCGCUCGGCGAAGACCCGGGGCAACAUGCCUGUUCGCAGGGGGCAUGUGGCACCGCAAAACACCUUCCUGGGGACCAUCAUACGGAAAUUUGAAGGGCAGAAUAAAAAAUUUAUCAUUGCAAAUGCUAGAGUGCAGAACUGUGCCAUCAUCUACUGCAAUGAUGGCUUCUGUGAGAUGACGGGUUUCUCCAGGCCAGAUGUCAUGCAGAAGCCGUGUACCUGCGACUUUCUCCAUGGGCCUGAGACCAAGAGGCAUGAUAUUGCCCAGAUUGCCCAGGCGCUGCUGGGGUCGGAGGAGAGGAAAGUGGAGGUCACCUACUAUCACAAGAAUGGUUCCACAUUUAUUUGUAACACUCACAUAAUCCCAGUGAAGAACCAAGAGGGUGUGGCUAUGAUGUUCAUCAUUAACUUUGAGUAUGUGACAGAUGAAGACAACGGUGCCUCCCCAGAGAGAGUCAACCCCAUAUUACCAGUCAAAACUGUAAACCGGAAACUUUUUGGGUUCAAAUUUCCUGGUCUGAGAGUUCUAACGUACAGAAAGCAGUCCUUGCCACAGGAAGAUCCAGAUGUGGUCGUCAUUGAUUCUUCUAAACACAGCGAUGACUCUGUGGCCAUGAAGCACUUUAAAUCUCCCACGAAAGAAAGUUGCAGUCCCUCUGAAGCAGAUGAUACGAAAGCCUUGAUACAGCCUAGCCAGUGUUCUCCCUUAGUGAACAUAUCAGGACCUCUGGACCAUUCCUCUCCCAAAAGGCAAUGGGACCGCCUCUACCCUGACAUGCUGCAGUCAAGUUCCCAACUAACUCACUCCAGGUCAAGGGAAAGCCUCUGUAGCAUCCGGAGGGCCUCUUCAGUUCAUGAUAUAGAAGGGUUCAGUGUCCAUCCCAAGAACGUAUUUAGAGAUCGACAUGCCAGUGAAGACAAUGGUCGAAAUGUCAAAGGACCUUUUAAUCAUAUCAAGUCAAGCCUGCUGGGAUCCACGUCAGAUUCAAACCUCAACAAAUACAGCACCAUUAACAAGAUCCCACAACUCACACUGAAUUUUUCAGAUGUCAAAACUGAAAAAAAGAAUACAUCUCCUCCUUCUUCAGACAAAACUAUUAUUGCACCCAAGGUUAAAGAAAGGACACACAAUGUAACAGAGAAAGUAACCCAGGUUCUUUCUUUGGGAGCAGAUGUCUUGCCAGAGUAUAAGCUGCAGACGCCACGUAUCAACAAAUUUACAAUAUUGCACUACAGCCCUUUCAAAGCAGUCUGGGAUUGGCUCAUUUUACUCUUGGUCAUUUAUACGGCUAUAUUCACCCCGUACUCUGCAGCCUUUCUUCUCAAUGACAGAGAGGAACAGAAAAGGCGAGAAUGUGGCUAUUCUUGUAGCCCUUUGAAUGUGGUAGACUUGAUUGUGGAUAUUAUGUUUAUUAUAGACAUUCUAAUAAACUUCAGAACAACCUAUGUAAAUCAGAAUGAAGAAGUGGUAAGUGAUCCUGCAAAAAUAGCAAUACACUACUUCAAAGGCUGGUUCCUGAUUGACAUGGUUGCAGCCAUCCCUUUUGACUUGCUGAUUUUUGGAUCAGGUUCUGAUGAGACAACAACACUAAUUGGUCUUUUGAAGACUGCGCGUCUCCUGCGUCUUGUGCGUGUAGCCAGGAAACUGGACCGCUACUCAGAAUACGGCGCCGCUGUUCUAAUGCUCCUGAUGUGCAUAUUUGCCCUGAUUGCCCACUGGCUGGCUUGCAUCUGGUAUGCGAUUGGGAAUGUAGAGAGGCCCUAUCUGACUGACAAAAUUGGAUGGUUGGAUUCCUUAGGAACACAAAUUGGGAAACGUUACAAUGACAGUGACUCAAGUUCUGGACCGUCCAUUAAAGACAAAUACGUCACGGCACUUUAUUUUACCUUCAGCAGUCUAACCAGUGUAGGAUUUGGAAAUGUGUCUCCUAACACCAAUUCGGAGAAAAUCUUUUCCAUUUGUGUCAUGUUGAUUGGCUCUCUAAUGUAUGCGAGUAUUUUUGGGAAUGUUUCUGCAAUUAUUCAAAGACUGUACUCGGGAACUGCCAGGUACCACAUGCAGAUGCUGAGAGUAAAAGAGUUCAUUCGCUUCCACCAAAUCCCCAACCCUCUGAGGCAACGGCUCGAGGAAUAUUUCCAGCAUGCAUGGACUUACACUAACGGCAUUGACAUGAACAUGGUCUUAAAGGGAUUUCCAGAAUGUUUACAAGCUGACAUUUGCCUGCAUCUAAACCAGACUUUGCUACAAAACUGCAAAGCCUUUCGAGGAGCAAGUAAAGGUUGCCUUAGAGCUCUGGCAAUGAAGUUCAAAACCACGCAUGCCCCUCCAGGAGACACCCUGGUUCACUGUGGGGACGUCUUAACUGCGCUGUACUUCUUAUCCAGAGGCUCCAUCGAGAUCCUCAAGGAAGACAUAGUGGUCGCUAUUCUCGGAAAAAAUGAUAUCUUUGGGGAAAUGGUUCAUCUUUAUGCCAAGCCUGGCAAGUCUAAUGCAGACGUGAGAGCACUCACGUACUGUGACCUGCAUAAGAUUCAGCGAGAAGACUUACUGGAGGUGUUGGAUAUGUAUCCAGAAUUUUCGGAUCACUUUCUGACCAAUCUAGAACUGACUUUCAACCUGAGACAUGAAAGUGCAAAGUCCCAAUCCGUAAAUGAUUCUGAAGGGGACACCAGUAAAUUUCGAAGAAGGAGACUGUCCUUUGAAAGUGAAGGUGACAAAGAUUUUAGCAAGGAAAACAGUGCAAAUGAGGCUGACGAUUCUACAGAUACGAUAAGACGUUAUCAGAGUUCCAAGAAGCACUUCGAAGAGAAGAAGAGCAGAUCAUCAUCCUUCAUCUCCUCUAUCGAUGACGAGCAAAAGCCACUCUUCUUGGGAACAGUAGAUUCUACUCCAAGAAUAGUGAAAGCAACCAGACUUCAUGGUGAAGAAACAAUGCCACCCUCAGGAAGAAUUCACACAGAUAAAAGGAGUCACUCCUGCAAAGAUAUCACUGAUACACACAGCUGGGAAAGAGAGCAUGCCCGGGCUCAACCUGAAGAAUGUAGUCCCUCGGGACUUCAGAGAGCUGCCUGGGGCAUCUCUGAGACUGAAAGCGACCUCACCUAUGGGGAAGUGGAGCAACGGUUAGAUUUACUUCAAGAACAACUUAACAGACUUGAAUCCCAAAUGACAACGGACAUCCAGGCCAUCUUACAGCUCCUGCAGAAACAAACCACAGUAGUCCCUCCAGCCUACAGCAUGGUGACCGCAGGAGCGGAGUACCAUAGGCCCAUCCUCCGUCUGCUGAGAACCAGUCAGCCCAGAGCAUCCAUUAAGACAGACAGGAGUUUCAGUCCCUCCUCACAAUGUCCUGAAUUUCUUGACCUUGAAAAAUCCAAACUCAAAUCCAAAGAAUCACUCUCAAGCAGAAGGCGCCUGAACACAGCUUCAGAAGACAACUUGACUUCACUUUUAAAACAAGACAGUGAUGUGUCGUCAGAGCUUGACCCUCAGCAAAGGAAAACCUACCUUCAUCCUAUCCGGCACCCGUCUCUGCCAGAUUCCUCCCUAAGCACUGUAGGGAUCUUGGGUCUCCAUAGGCAUGUUUCUGAUCCUGGUCUUCCAGGAAAGUAAUCCUUUUGUACUAUUUCCUCC